CGAGCCCACACGGACUUUCCAUUUCACACACCCCUCCCCCUGACAUCAGAGGAGGCUCCUUCGCCCUGAUCCAAACUCGACUUACAAAGCACGACAUUCUAUCUGUCAGAGAGGAGACCUGCAUGGACAAACCCGGGACUAAUACUCAUGUUUUCGUGCGACUUACGGCGAUGAGGGAUUCCAGAGGCUUAACGCACCACCAGUUACCAAAGACGGGGCUAUUACGCUCAAUUAUUUGUUAGAAAAACAGUGGAGAAUAGAAGGGGUGUGUAUGUUACUCGGCGGGCUUCAUUUCCUCGAUGCUGCAGAGCAGGACCUGGAUGACAUGAUGCUGCAGAGCCCACUCACCUCCACGCCGUUUUCUGUCAAGGAUAUCCUCAAGCUGGAGCAGCAGCAGCAGCAGCAGCAGCAGCAGCAGCAGUCCGGGUCUCUGGAGCACCAGCACCGGGUCCACGUUCAGCAGCACCUGGCCGGGUCCCCCCAGCAGCAGCAGCAGCAGCAGCAGCAUUUCCAAACCCCGCCGUCCUGCAUGCUUGCGGGGGCGCGGGACAGCCCUUCGUUCUCGGACGGAGAGGACAACCUGGCGUACCUCAGUGCGCUGGCGGUGCGGGGGGAGGAGGACCGUGGCGAGACCAGCCUGUCCCCGGACAUGUACGUCCACCCCGGGAUGCAGGGAGCCAAGCUGGAGGCGGCCGAGCUGGACGAUCAGGAGAGCAAGAGCUGCGGGCUGGUGUCCAGGGAAGACGCAUUGGAGGGCGGGCACGGCGACUCGGAGAGGCCGGUGCAGAAGCAGAGGAGCCGGCGGAGACCCAGAGUACUGUUCUCGCAGGCCCAGGUCUUCGAGUUGGAGCGGCGUUUCAAGCAGCAGCGCUACCUGUCCGCCCCGGAGAGGGAGCACCUGGCCACCACGCUCAAACUCACCUCGAACCAGGUGAAGAUCUGGUUCCAGAACCGUCGAUAUAAGUGCAAACGGCAGCGGCAGGACAAGUCUCUGGAGGCGGCGGGGCAGCACCACCCUCCACCGCCCCGACGCGUUGCCGUGCCGGUGCUGGUCCGGGACGGGAAGCCGUGCCUGGGCGGUGCGCAAAGCUACGGCGCACCGGCUGCGUACGGAUCCAACCCGUACACCUAUAACGGAUACCCGGCCUACACAUACAACAGCCCCGCGUACAACACCAACUACAGCUGCACAUACACCAGCAUCCCAGCACUCCCUCCGUCCAGCAACCCCAACGCUUUCAUGAACAUGAACUUGGGAAAUGUCAGCGGCCUUGGCGGCUCCCCACAGGCCCAAACACAUCAAGGGACAGCGGUCAGCUCCUGCCAGGGGUCCCUGCAGGGGAUCCGGGCCUGGUAGCCCCCCACAUGAAACAGAACUGGCCUCUGUUUUUAUGGGGCUUUUUCAUUUUUGAUCAACCUGCAACAUUUCUAGAAGUGUGUGUUAAAAAUCAGACCGCCCCAGAAUACAGUAUUGCAUAUAAAACGGAUUUGUUGAUCAUGAGUUGAUUUUUCACUCUGGGCACUUUCAGGUCCUGCCUGUAUCUGCGGCUUAGUGUGCGUAAAGGAUGGACAUCACGAAAUUUGAUUAUUCGUGCACUGGGAAGCCCAGAGCAAGGACUGCGCACAUAUUUGCGCAUUUCUCCUUGUAUAAACUAAAGAAAAGACCAUUUGUUUUUUAUGUUUGUUUUUAACAUUGAAUAUUUUAGGCUGUUGCGAGAAUGAAUUGGUUUAAAGUGUUUUUGGUUCAACAGAGAAUUGUUUUAGUCCAUUUCACGUCUAUUCAAAUAAAUAUAGGGCGAAAAAGCACAAAAAAGCAGCGUUUUGAUUCUGCACUCGGAUCAAACAGAUUUAAUCCUUAAGUUUCCGUUGAGAAACGGAGAAUACAGAAGUGGCACAGUGGCAAAAUACAAGAAACCAAAUCUUAUAAUUAAAAAAAAAAAAAAGAAGAAGAAGAAAAGAAGAAAAUAAUUACAAUAUUCCACCUAAUUUUUCACAGCAACUUCCACUGUGUCCAUAAGUGGAAAACCUAGCGGCAAAUGUUGCUGAUAAACAGGAGAGCUGGUGCUGCAUGGAGGCCAGACCACAGGAACCUUUUGUCCAGGUGCCAGGCGACGGUGAAAGGAGGAAGUUAUUCUCCAUUUGAAGUUCUUAAAAGGACGCGAUUAAGCACCUAAAAUACCCCAAAGACCGAGCUGCAGCAGAGCUAGAGACCGGGAAUAAUGGCUCUUAUUGGAUUGGGGGACAAAAGGUGUGUGGUAGGCAGAGCCGGGCACUCAGCAAAGACAAAAGCGCACAGGGGUCGUGAGAUUGACGUCCUAAUAUUCCCAUUUGAGGGACAGGCAGCGGGUUAUUCUGCGCACAGAACGGGACACGGAGGAAAAAUGUGGUUACUUUUGUUCCCCUUCAGGAGGCUUUUUUUGUUUGCGGAGAAAGCCUCUCCAAGAUCCACAGCCCCGUGGCUUCAGGGGCAGCCGGGCUGGAGGUGGUGGCAGCGGGGAGGCGUUUGUGUGAAAGAAGGGGGUAUUAUUGCAACAAGUUUCACCAUUUAUCCUGAUGAGGAGAAAGGACGGGAGGAUUUUUUUUUUUUUUUUGGAGACAUGUCCCGUAGGCUUAUUAUUUCAGUUUUAAGGGUGUUAUUUCAGACUCAGACCGACCUUAUUCUCACAGGUAACAUUCUAAUAAUCAGCUAGAAACUGCUGAGGCGUUUCUGUGAUAAAUAUUUACGGGGAAGCCUGACAAAUAGAACAGGAAAAGGAGGACAUUUCAGUGAUUUACUGAGCGAAAACUCAAACCAAGCCUAAUAUUUUUUAUUCUAACUAGUGGUGCAGAUCGAAGAAAAAUUUAGAAAGAACAAAAUGAUCCAGUAAAUUAGUUAGAAUGAAUUUAAUCUCAUAAGGAUGACGCUUUAACUGCUCAACCAAUAGAAAAACGACCCAUUUAUCGCGCAAAACGUUCCAAUUUUUAGACUUCUCGAAAAUGUUCUAAUAUUUGAUUUAAUGACUGAUCCGAUUAUUCAUUAAAAACAAUCGAUACAACAAAAAUUAAAUGUUUCACGGCAUGUUGAGUUAAAAAUAUCCACGGGACAUGGUUAGAUGAGAAUAAUUUCCUCUUUGUUUAAUGUUGCACAGCCUAAUUGGCGCGGUUAAUUACCCAUUACGCACAAAUGAGGGCUGUAAAAUACAUGCAGGGUUCAAUUUCACACCAAAUCACUUGAGCCACACUGCUGAUUUGUGUCAGAAACCUGACAGCCUAUAAAGCCAUAUUUACAGAUGUAAUAUUUAUAGCGCAUAAACGUCACGGAAGUUAUAUGAGGAAUGCGCGGAGGGAAAGCAUUAAUUGUUGUUUUUAGGUGCGCGUAAUUGUCCUUAGAGCAUGAGAGAACAGUGGUUUCCCAGAGCCAUUCUUGUGUAAUUACAGCCACAUUCAAGGCCUAAUUCCACGCGGGGGCUAAGAACGCAAAAGGAACAAACAGCAAGAGACGCAUUAACUGGAACAUCUCCCGGCGAAGCAUCCGCAGUGCGUCCACGACACUCACUGUGAUAAAUGCUUAGUUUGACAAUAAACGUCUGUUACAGGCACUUCCUGAUAUCUACACUGUAAGCCCGGAUAAGUUGAGUUUACUUUUUUAAAAAAAAAUUGAGAAAAGUGGUUGCCUUAAAAAAAAAAAAAAAAAAUCAAGUAAUGAUUAAUGAACUUUUAAAGUAUAUUUAACUUCAAAUCUUUUUAUAUUUUUAAUUAAAUCAACUUGGAAUUUAGUGCAUUGAACUUAAUUAUUUAAGUGUAAUAACUAUGCAAAGCAGUUGAUAUUACAAAAGAUUUUAAGUGAAAUGUACUUAAUGUGACUUAAUUUUUUAAGGCAACCGCUUUUCUCAGUUCUUUAACGUAAAUUCAGCUUAACCGGGUUUACUGUGAAGACACCUUAAAAAAAAGUGAGUGGUAAGCACUUAAAUAAUAGCUAAUUUAUACUGUAUUAUAAUAAAGGCUAUUUUACGCACGUUUUACAUUUAAUUUAACUUAAUGUUUGGAAUUUACUUAUGCAUCUAACAUGCAUAAAUACCCAAUUCAAUAUCAUAGCAGAGAACGUAUAAGCUACAUUAUACUAAUUAGACGUUUCAUUGUUCAUUUUUGAUCAUAUUAAAGGUGUUCGGCGGAUCAGCGCCUGUCCUCCGGCUCCAGUCCGGCCCAGACUGUCGGUCUCUGCGCAGAUUGAGAUCUGUCAGAUCUUAAGCUUUAACCAUCUGAGCUCCUGUUUGGGACAAAACAAGUUAAGUUCCACCAGAGCAGCUUAAUGCUUUCUCCUCACUAAUGGAGAUUCAGUGAGAGAGUCAACAGAAAACAGAAAGGACAGAGACUGAUGGACGCAAAUAAAGACGCGACAGAGAGGCGUCUGUCCGGAAAAUAGCACCUGACGACGAAUAAUAAUAAUAAUAAUAAUAAUAAUAAUAAUAAUAAUAAUAAUAAUAAUAAUAAUAAUAAUGAUGUUUUCUACAAUUUACGGGGUAUAAAUUAAUUUGAGCCGCAAUAAAUCAGUGAAAAUUUGUCUAGAAAAUAGACAUUAUAAUGUAGAUUUAUUUCGGAGCAACUCAAACAACCUUAAAUAUUACAUUUCAAAAGAACAAAAAAAAAAAAAAAAAAAAAGAAAGAAAAUGUCCAUAAAUAAAAAGAUUUAGAUGGCUGUACCUUGUUUUUGUCAAACGUCUGCAUCUCUACCUAAAAUUUUAUUCAACACAACAGCAAAGUUUAUCAUUGUACUUCUAAUGCAACUCGUAUCCAGACUAUAAAUUGUUCCAUUUACGCAUACAUUGCACUGCUGUUAUUAUUUAUACUUUAGCUACAUCUGCAUCCAACACCACCAGCUACAGAACACAAUUAAUAAAACAGUAAUUUUCUCAUUUUGGGCCUAAAUCACUGUAAUACACAUACAAACAUAGCUCACAAAACUUUCCUAACCUGUAGUAAUGCAGAUAUUUACCACUCUGGGGUUAUAUUAAGGUUUUUGACUGUGCAACAUGACAAAACAUGUGGAAAACUGACCUUUUAUCGAAAACUUAAUUUAAGUUAAUAUAAAGCAGUAAAUCCUCAGGUUGUAGAGCCAAAUAUUCAGUAAAGUCACAAUAGAAUAAUCUGAGAUAUAAGUCAAUCUUUUGGAAUAUCAUGAGGCUACAAUACACACCCCGAAGUGCAAACCUGUGCAUAAAUAUCCUGAAACCUGAGUAGUUUAUGUAGAAACUGAAGAAGAAAUCAAAGCUGCACAAAUGUUUGGCCACGUUGUUAUAUAUUUUCUUUUCUUUAUCAAGCAAACAGAAUAAGACUCAGUGUUAUUUCUCUAAGUCCUCCUCCUCCUCUGAUAUCACUUUUAAACCAUUUCACAACUGUCUAACCUCAUUAUUUAUGCUUCUUCAACGUGAUUUUCACAGAAUAGAAAAAAAAAAAAAACAUUUACCAGAACAUGCAAAAAUAUUAAUUAUAUAAGAUUUGUCUCCCAAUGACAAUGACAGUGAAUGAAUUUGGAAAAAAGAUCCGAGUUCUAGGAGCAAAUGUGCGUGUUCAAGGUGAAAAACAGGACAAAAUGAAUGGGAAAUAUGGGAUUAUAACACCAGUCAUAAGGUUCUGGUCAGUAAUGUUGGUGUUGUUUUCAAUGGUUGGAGAACUUUGGUAAAUACACACAUUUGUGGAAAACUAUAAUAAAAUUCCCCAAAGUCAUCAGUCAUUUGUUUGAUGACAUUUUCACUGAAGCUGUUUGUAGAGUAUCAGUCAUCACAGCACAUGUUUUAUUACCACACUUAACCCUCUGAGCACUGACAGGGAGCUGGAAAACACACAUUUAGCCUGAAGUGAUAUGUGCCAAAACACUUGAAGAGUUUUCAGAACCCAAACAUAAUGAAAUAUUACGAUGAAAUGCAAAAAAAAAAAGUCCUGUUUUUUUAGUUUUAACUGUUGCAUAUCCUGAAUGUUUGUGCGUCAUUGUAACAAAACUGGGGUUAAAAAUGAGAAACUGGAGCUUUUUAACUGAAAAACAACUGAACAGUUUACUCACAGACCCUCUAUUAUCAGGAAAUUAUGCACCAUCUGUUUCUUGAGGUAGCAAAUGUCUCACUCCAAAGGGGACUACUGCUUUAAUUAGUCAGAGUAUAUUUAACAGAGUCUAACACAGAUUACUCAAGUACCCUAUUGAGUCUAAUAAAGAAAAGUGUCUUUCAUGUGUAAAUGUUUCUCCUGUGCCUCAGAGUGUCUGAAUCAUUAUUACUUUGCUUGCAGAGAGUUUCUUGGCCUGCUCUGUUUCUGUCAUAACACCCACAUGUAGCUGCAGAAGGCGUUGCAUACUCUGCCACCUCCACUCCUACGUCUCUUAUGAUUGGCCCUGAACGAGCAACAUCCCGCCCAUCGGCAGACAAUCAAUGUGCUACUGACAGGCCUGGACAGGCUGUCUUUGUCCACACAAAGACACUUCAACUUCAAGUUGAUUUCCACAUGCAGUGUACUACCCGCAUUAUUACUGCUGCUGCUACUGCUACUGCUACUAAUGGCACUGCUGCAGCUAGCACCGAUAUUAUCACCGCUACCACUUCUAGUACAACAGCUAUUCAGGAUUCCAGUCUCAGAUUGAACAGAGGCAGGAAUUAACCAUUUGUUACCCUUAAACGCUAUCCCUUCUGUCACGUUCUUUCAUGAUGUUUAAAUCUCAAAGCAGCAUGAAUAGGAUUUCUUAAAAGCUGUAGCCAUGAUGUGUCCCAGUAUUUUUGUCCAUAUAGUUUAUAAUUGGGUGCUUCUAUAAAACUAGGUUCAUUUUGGUAUCUGUCACUUUACCAACUUUUUAGACCCAAUAAUAAAAGAGAAAUUCAGAUAUAUUUUCCCCCAAGAUGUAUCUACUGGUGACCUAAGAUAAAUGCAAAAAAAAAAAAAAAAAAAAAAAAAUUAUACUCUUGCUUUGAGCCAUCCCAAAAUUAAUGAAGUUUUAGUAAAAUAUUGGGG